AUGUCCCACCACCUCGGCCGCGUCGUCAGCGACCUCAGCCACAGCAACUCCCGCGGAGCGAGGGGCCGGGGCCUCCGCCACCAGAGCACGGCGACGAGCAACACCGACGGCGGCGGCAACGGCGGCAAGGCCAAGCAGAAGCUCGCGCUCCUCUUCUCCGGCGUCGUCGCCUGGACAAGAAGCGAGAGCAGCGCCGCCACCGAAGCGGGCAGCGGCAGGGCGAAGAACAGGAAGCAGGAAACCACCAGGGCCGGAACAGGCGCCAGGCGUCGAGGCCUCGACAUAGUGGUGGCGGUGCGGAAGUACGUGUCCAUGGUGGAGCAGCUCUUCGCGUCCUACUCCGGCGGUAGCAGCAGCAGCAGCAGCCGGGACGGGGACGGGCGGGACGUGCGGCGGCGGAGAGUGCACACGUUUACCUACGGCCGCGGCGGCGGUAGCACCGCGUCGUCCAAGCGGCACAAGGGGAGGCUGUCGUCGGCGCCCGCGUCGCUGCGGGGGUCGCCCGCCAACAGCGGGCACCUCUCUGUGGGGGACUCGGUGACGAAGACGUCGACGCCGUCGGAGGUGAGCACGAUGGAGGAGCUGCGCAGCGCCAUCCAGGCCGCCAUCGCGCACUGCAAGAACUCUGGCGUCGCCACCUCGCAGAGCGCCGCCGGCGGCGGUGGCGACAAGCAGCAGCAGGAGGAGCGUAAAUGUUGA